CUCAGCACAGGCGUUAUCAAGGUAUCUUCCAGGCGGCUUGUUACUCAAUACUCGCUGAACCGUUGUAGCGAUCAACCCUCCGACCACCGUCAUCUUUCCACAGUAACAGUUAAUAAGACACCUUUGGAGCAAUAUGAAUCCCAUUUGUAAAUUUUGCUUGCAUGGAUCUUGUCGGUCUAGUAAGAAAUGUGUCAAUAGACAUGAAAAGCUGUCAUUGAAACUGGAUGAUGAUGAUGAUGAAUAUCCUUUACUAGAUUUUGGAGCUGCAGGUACCACCCAUAAACAAGUUCAGCAAACAACCACCAUCGAGUCGACCAUCGAACCGAUUACAGCUGUUGUACAUGAUGAAAAAUAUUUAUUUCCAAAUAAAUUAAAGAAAACCAAAUCCAUAAAAAAACAACUGGAACACGAUUUAAAAGAGCUAAGAAAUGAGAAUGCCAAACUAAAUAGAACAAUUGUUGCACUCGGAACAUCAACAAGUACGCUAACUGAACAGUUAAAAGAGGAAAAAAAUAAAAAUGCUAAGCUUACUGAGGAAUUCAAUAUUGCGCUGUUGGGUAAUGACGAUUGCCAGUGCUGUAUUUGUUGUGAAGUAUUCAUAAGGCCAUCAUUGCUUAGUUGCUCACACAUGUUUUGUGAAUGGUGCAUUGACAAAUGGUUAGAGAAAUAUAAUCAUUGUCCAACAUGUCGGGUUUUGGUAACCAAUUAUACACACUGUUUAAAUAUGAAUAACUUCAUCCAAAGAAAGAUGGAACUGAUGCCAGCCGAAACUAGAUUGGCGUUCAAGGCCUUGGAAGUAGCCCGAGCUAAGGAUAAACAAACAAGUGUACAAAUUCAAGCUGAGCGUAGACGACUUGAGUUUAUAGCAAUGACAUUAAAUGAACAUCGUCCAAGUUAAUACUCAACGAUCAAAUAAUGUAAAGUGGUAAAUGUAUUCCAAUCCCACUAAAUUACUGUGUACAACAUAUUUAGAAUUAAAACUAUUUCUAUAAUUGUUACAAAAUUAGUAACUUGAUUGUAUUAUGCCUUAUGGUUAAA